AUGGGCAGCCCCCGCUCCGCGCUGAGCUGCCUGCUGUUGCACUUGCUGGUUCUCUGCCUCCAAGCCCAGGUAAGGAGCGCCGCGCAGAAGCGGGGGCCGGGCGCGGGGGACCCAGCUGACACUCUCGGGCAGGGACACGAGGACCGAUCCUUCGGCCAGCGCAGCAGGGCUGGAAAGAACUUUACAAAUCCAGCCCCAAACUACCCCGAGGAGGGAUCUAAGGAACAGAGAGACAGUGUCCUGCCUAAAGUCACAGAGCGACAUGUGAGGGAGCAGAGCCUGGUGACGGAUCAGCUCAGCCGCCGCCUCAUCCGGACCUACCAGCUCUACAGCCGCACCAGCGGGAAGCACGUGCAGGUCCUGGCCAACAAGCGCAUCAACGCCAUGGCAGAAGACGGAGACCCCUUCGCAAAGCUCAUUGUGGAGACCGAUACUUUUGGAAGCAGAGUCCGAGUCCGCGGAGCAGAGACCGGUCUCUACAUCUGCAUGAACAAGAAGGGGAAGCUAAUCGCCAAGAGCAACGGCAAAGGCAAGGACUGCGUGUUCACGGAGAUCGUGCUGGAGAACAACUACACGGCGCUGCAGAACGCCAAGUACGAGGGCUGGUACAUGGCCUUUACCCGCAAGGGCCGGCCUCGCAAGGGCUCCAAGACGCGCCAGCACCAGCGCGAGGUGCACUUCAUGAAGCGCCUGCCGCGGGGCCACCACACCACAGAGCAGAGCCUCCGCUUCGAGUUCCUCAACUACCCGCCCUUCACGCGCAGCCUGCGCGGCAGCCAGAGGACUUGGGCCCCGGAGCCCCGAUAGGCGCUCGCCCGGCCCCUCCCUGCCCGCCCGCGGACUCCAGGGAGAGCUCGGCCGCACUGCGAAGGGGAGGAGCUGGG